UUGUGAUAGGUAUAUGUUGCGAAAAAUGCUUUUCGGCAGACAUAAUGAGUGCACAAGAUUACAAUAUGCUACAUUUAAUCAAGCAGUGCAGGAUUUUAUAUCAUAAACUGGCAUAUUCAUAGAUAUAUAUGAGCAUUUUUGACGAAAAAUUGUUGUAAAUGAAAAGUUUACGUCACUCUCUGCGUCAUUUACGUAAGCGACGUGAUCAAUGACCUACGUCUAAAUUUACCUUUGCUUGCUAAUGGCCACUCAAGCUGCUCAAGGCUGGAGGUUGUUGUUGGUUGUUGGAGAGCUUUGUGAUAGGAGUGUAUUGCGUUGCUCCCGUGAUUUUGUGGAGAGGGUAUUAUUUGAAAAUCGGAAAUAUAUUACCCUAACCGGGAGUCCUUGUGUUAAGUGGAUUGAAACUGGUGGUGGACCAAUAGUUUCAUCGACACUGGAGACAUUCUGAUUCAGCUCGAGCAAGCUUUAUCAUUAUCGGUGAUAUAUUUGGAUUGAGAUUUCACUUUCAAGCAACAAUUUGAUUUGCUUGCGGUGGAUGUAAGAGCCGUCAAGAUAUAAAUACAGGAAUCUAGUGUCAUCUCAGUCUGGUGACCUGGACGGUACGGCGCGUUCCGUCGCAGCACGAUGGCCGGCAGCAGCCCGCAGCAGCAGUUCGACGCGGCCGUCCAGCUGAUCCGCGGCCUGCCCAAGGACGGCCCGUUCCAGCCGUCCAACGACAUGAAGCUGCGACUGUACGGGUUCUUCAAGCAGGCCACCGAGGGCCCGUGCACGCAGCCGGCGCCCUCCUUCUGGGACGUCGUCGGCAAGGCCAAGUGGGCCGCCUGGAAGAACCUGGGCGACCUGCCCUCCGAGCAGGCCAUGACCUCGUACGUCGACGAAAUCAAACAGGUGAUGGAGACGAUGUCGCUCACGGACGACGUGGCCCACCUGAUGGACACCCUCGGACCCGUCUACGAGUACGUCGACGACGACGGGGCCGACGGCCGCAGCGCGCGCAAAAAGCACGUGCACUUCUCGGCCGACGAGGGCGCGCCGACCACCAACGGGCACGGCGCGCCGGCGGCGUCCGAGGACGGCACGGAGCCGGCCGAGGAGGUCGGGAGUGCGGCCGCGCUGCCGAACGGCUCGCCGCCGCCGCGUGCCGAGAGGUGGGCCGGCUCGGCUACCUCCGAUACCGAUACGGACGACGAGUUCAACGACCCCAUCGGCGAGGCGGAGCCGGCGCUGGGCCGCAGUCUAAGCACGGAGGCGCGGCUGGACGCCCUCCACCAGCAGCUGACGGCACUGGCGCGGAUGGUCGACUCGGCGGGACCUCGGCUCCACUCCCGAACCACGGACGGAGCGGCGCUCACCAACGGCGUGCAUCCCACGUCCAGCGCCGCCGCCGCGGUCACUGCGUCCGCACCGGCCUCCAGCUGCCCCGCAGGCGUCCACGACGAGCUGCGCGCCCUGGUGCGCGACAUGAGAGACGACCUGGACACGGUGACGGGCCGGCUGCGGCGGCUGGAGGCCGGCGCCGGCGCCGAGCGGGAGCAAAAGAGCGUCCCGUCCCGGCCGUGGUGGCAGGUGCCCGAGCUGUCAGUGGCCUCAGUGCUGGUGCUGCUGGCCUGGCCGCUGGUGCUGCAGCUGGUGCUGCGCCUCGUCACCAGCCGCCGGCGCCGGUAGUGACGCACUGGUGACACGCCAAACACCAGGGGAGUCAGUGGAGCGGCGACAGCUGAUACCAGGUGAAAGCCACGCGCUGUGACCGGCACCUGGCCAGACACCCGCGGCUCCUGGCCAGACACCCGCGGCUGCUGGCCAGACCGGCCUGUACGGAGAUAGGGGGCGUCACCAGCCGAUGUGGCCAUGGCAGCUGACAACUGCUACCGUUACCGUGAUUUUGUACAACACUCUACACCUGCACCCUCGGUGAUUAGAGUGAACCGAUGCGAUAAAUAAUAUGGGAAAGGGCGGCGCCCGCUUCCAGUGGGGUUGGGUUCUGACUGGGCUGUCGUGGUGGGGUGACGGUGCUAAUUAUUGUGGGGAUUGAAUAACAUUGCUCCCAAUGAUGUGCGCGAGCACAAUGCCCAGUAAUGAACGUAGGUACCCAUUCCAAAUUGGCUGUCCAGUGAUCGCAUAUGUAUCUGAUGGGGUGGUGGGUGGGGAGUUAUCCAGUGGGUGCCUGGGUCUACUGGCGGAGUAUUUGUGAGUGAGUGAGUGAGGAGCGAGUGAGUGAACCAGCGCUGGCCGCUGGCGGUGCCGAGCGGCCGCCCCGGCUGGCUGGCUGGUGGGCCCUGCACCAUACUACCGGACGUUUUACGUGGCCGGCGGACACGGCCGGUGGCUGGCGGCCGCCGGAGGACGGGCGCCCCGCCGUCCAGUGCUUUACACCGGGAGCUGCCGAGUAGUCGCCGGCUGGCUACCUAUAUAUGCUUACACUACCUUUUUGUUAUUGGGAUGUGCUGUCUAGGUGUAGUUUCGUUCUGUUUGUCGGGUCCGUUGUUAUACUUUAUAUCGGUGAUCUGUCGAGCUUACGAGCUGUAAGCUAGCGUCAAUACCUGACCGGUGUGAACGGAGGGGUGUACGUACCUCCGAGUCACCGAGGGCCGGUACCUGACCUGUGUGAACGGAGGGGUGUCCCCCGGGUCACCGGGCAGUCGGGUGCCGGUACCUGACCUGUGUGAACGGAGGGGUGUCCCCCGGGUCACUGGGGCCGGUACCUGACCUGUGUGAACGGAGGGGUGUCCCCCGGGUCACUGGGGCCGGUACCUGACCUGUGUGAACGGAGGGGUGUCCCCCGGGUCACUGGGAGCCGGUACCUGACCUCUGUGAACGGAGGGGUGUCCCCCGGGUCACCGGGCAGUGGGUGCCGGCACCUGACCUGUGUGAACCGUCCCCCGGGUCACUGGGGGCCGGUACCUGACCUGUGUGAACGGAGGGGUGUCCCCCGGGUCACUGGGGCCGGUACCUGACCUGUGUGAACGGAGGGGUGUCCCCCGGGUCACUGGGAGCCGGUACCUGACCUCUGUGAACGGAGGGGUGUCCCCCGGGUCACUGGGGCCGGUACCUGACCUGUGUGAACGGAGGGGUGUCCCCCGGGUCACUGGGGCCGGUACCUGACCUGUGUGAACGGAGGGGUGUCCCCCGGGUCACUGGGGCCGGUACCUGACCUGUGUGAACGGAGGGGUGUCCCCCGGGUCACUGGGCAGUGGGUGCCGGUACCUGACCUCUGUGAACGGAGGGGUGUCCCCCGGGUCACUGGGGCCGGUACCUGACCUCUGUGAACGGAGGGGUGUCCCCCGGGUCACUGGGGCCGGUACCUGACCUGUGUGAACGGAGGGGUGUCCCCCGGGUCACUGGGUGCCGGUACCUGACCGGUGUGAACCGUCCCCCGGGUCACUGGGGCCGGUACCCGACCGGUAGGGAGUCGGGAGCGGUGCUUCUGUUUGAACCAGAGAUGGAGAUUGUUAUCGUCGCGGCCAAUCGCGGACACCACAGUAGUUUAUAACUCAUAGCCCCUGGUUUCCUGCGAGGGCAGGGGUAUCUCGGUGUCCCGGAGGCGUGUGGCCCGCUCGGCAGCCAGUUGUGUGCAUGUGCGCGCGGCAGACCCGCCUGCCGGGGGAUGUCUGCUCCGGCGCCGCCGACACCGGCCCGGGUAGGGCGCUGUCGCCGCCGGCUGCCACAGACAAGCCAACUUACGAGUGUACAGGCCGGUGCACUGACAGGCCAAUGUACCAGUGUACACUGUACAGGUCGGUACACUGUUGUUAUCGAUACCAAUAGUUUAUUUUAUUGUCUGCGAUUGUGUGCCGACGUUUCGUGAUGAAUCACGGCGGCGCGUGACUAAAUAUAUGAUGAUCACAUCGAUACUAGA